AUGAGUCCCCUAAAGAAACUCAUUCUUCUGAUCCUGUUUAUCUCUUUUAUGGUGUUUGUAGCCUUUUUUGGCCGAAUACCUGCUCUAAGACGGACGCCUAUAGCCGCACUGCAUAGGUUGAUAUGGAUGCAUAUACCCAAUGUGAUCGCCAGGGUAGAUCAGGUGCUCACGGGAGGGAGAGUAUCGAGCUAUCUAUCCCGGUUUAGUAACAUGCUUCUGCAUGAGCGGCACUGGACUGUUGUGAUUUUCUUCAUGCUCAUUAUGGUUGUGGGCGAGUAUAUGUUUAUUCCUCAAGCGUGGCCCAAGAUCGGAUCCUUCACGAAACUCAUUGUCGUGGUCACCGUGCUACUGCCCUACCUAUUUCUCUACCUGGCAUGUGCUGCUGAUCCAGGCUACAUUACGCCCGAAAAUCACGCCUAUUACAUGUCGCUCUAUCCCUACGACCACACACUUUUCCACCCGGGGCACAUGUGUCGGACGUGCAAGUUUCUUAAGCCUGCUCGUUCCAAGCACUGCAGUCUGUGCAAACGUUGUGUGGCCAAGGCUGAUCAUCAUUGCGUCUUCAUAAAUUCAUGUGUUGGGUACGGAAACCAGCACUGGUUCAUACUCCUACUAAUCUCUACUGCAUUUCUGUGCACAUAUGGUGGCUUUCUUGGACUGUCAAUUAUUACGGUACGAGUUCAGAGGUACACUCCUGGCUGGUCUGUAUGGAAGCCUCGAGGUAUGACGGCCAGCCGGUAUUUGGCUGGUUGGGGUUGGGGCAUUCAAGACAACGUCAAUAUGGGGGCCUCAUCCCUCCUUGCAGCUCUGACGUCCCCAUUGGUUUGGGGGUUGCUCCUGUACACACUCUAUCUCGUUUAUUGUGGUACUACGACAAACGAAACUCUUAAAUGGUCGGAUUGGAAGGAAGACAUGCGGGAUGGUUUCGCAUUUCGUCGGUCUAUGCCAGCAAAUCGCCAGAAGAACGAACGAGCUGAGCCUCGCUUCACACGCUGGCCAGUCGAGGUCCAGCAGGUAAUUGUCACUACUCAGGAUGGGCAGCCUCCCAAGGAUGAACUUCGGUAUCCUGGAGAAGGCGAGUGGGAGAGGGUUUGGAACUUGAGCGAUGUCGAGAACUUGUACGACAUGGGACUGUGGGAUAAUUUGGUCGAUAUAUUUGUCCGCGACUAUGGGUUUGGGAACAAAAAUGACGAACCCAAUGCCGAAAGACGGCGCAGGCGGUGA